AACAAAGUUUGCGACCAUCAGCGAGCUGCAACAAAAAUACAAAUCUAACUCCUCGCCUUUCCCUGUCCAAAAAAAAAACCUCCUCGCCGUCGCCGGCAAAAUUCGUCGGAAAUUAUGAAGCUGAAGCAGUUGGAAGGCCUCCUCGGUGGUCUUGACCAGUUCCCAAACCCCAAGGUGGAGCUUGAACAGUACCCAACGGGACCCCAUAUAGCUUCUCGAAUGCUCUUCACGGCAGAAAAUUCUUUUGAGGACAUAAGUAACAAAGUAGUGGCUGACUUCGGAUGUGGUUGCGGUACGUUAGGUGUUGCAGCUGCUCUUCUGAGUGCAGAACAUGUUCUCAGCAUUGACAUUGAUCCAGAAUCUCUUGAAAUAGCAUCUCUUAAUGCUGAGGAACUUGAGGUGGAUAUGGAUUUUAUUCAGUCUAAUGUCAUGGACUUGAGGUGGAGAGGCCAAAUUGUUCAUACAGUUAUCAUGAAUCCUCCUUUUGGAACUCGGAAAAAGGGCGCAGAUUUGGACUUUCUCAAUGUUGCUUUGAAGGUUGCUUCUCAAGCUGUUUAUUCAUUGCAUAAGAGUUCCACAAGAGAGCAUGUGAAACGAACAGCUUUAAGGGAUUUCAACGCUUGCAAUGCCGAAGUUCUAUGUGAGCUUCGAUAUGAUCUGCCGAAGCUAUACAAAUUUCAUAAGAAGAAAGAGGUAGACAUCGCCGUUGACCUCUGGCGUUUCGUACCAGGAAAGCAUCAAAGCUAAAAGGCAUUUGGCACAGACAAGUAUGAUUAAAGGAGAAACUUUGUUGGUUUUUUUUUUUUUUUCCCUCAGUUUAAAAUGCUCUUGCACAUUAAGUAAUGAUUCCUUUAUAGUUGUGCAUAUAUGUGAAUUCAAUAGUUGAGGAAGGAUCCUCUUGUCAUGAAAUCAAAUGACUUUAUGAAUCUAUAAAGUGUGGGGAUUUCUUAUUGAAAAAUACUUGAUUUAGGGGAAUAUUCUAA